AUGUUGUAUCUUUUUUUAAACUUUAAAUCUGUAAUUUGCUCUAAAUUAUCUUCAUCUCUACUUUUGCAGCUUUGUCUCUGGUUGGUGACUAUCGAAGCAUUGCUAUAUGAAGAUGAAAAAUGUGGACCGAAUUCCCACUUUGUCAGAUGCGGAUCUUUGUGUCAAAAAAAAUGCAACGAGCCAGAGUUGCAAAAUUGUCCCAGAAUCUGCUUCCGAGGAUGCAUCUGUGAUCAGGGUUAUAUCCUAGAUGAUCAAGAAAAAUGUAUUAAACCCGAGGAGUGUCCAGCUCCCCGAUUAGCCCGAGCAGCACAGGGCAAAAAGUGCAACCGUAAUGAACAUUAUACGACUUGCGGUACAGCAUGUGAACCAACUUGCGGCAAACCAUUACCAGACUUAUGCACGAUGGAGUGCGUUCCAGAUGUCUGCCAGUGCAAUCCCGGAUUUUUCCGUCAUGCAACCAAAGGUUGCGUACGUCAAUCUGAAUGUUGA